UUUAUUUAUUUAAUUACUAUUAUUGCAAAUUGUUGUGAAGUUUGAGGGUAAUGUUGUUUAGCUGUAGUGCUGACCGCAUGGAAAGAAGAAAAUAUAGUCCUGACAAGAGUCCCAUUCAUGAAAUAUUCCAAAUCCAGUCUGCCUGCCCAGCACAGUAUCAGAGAUAGUAUGUAAAGCAACAAAAUAUACACAUAGAAAGAGGAAAAGGAAAAGAAUAGGUCCCAGUUCAAGAGAAAAAAAAGAAAAAAGAAAAAAGCCAUUACAGAAAACUUAAACCAAUCAAAUAGAAAAAGGCUCCACCAAGCACUAUCUGUGCUCUUCUUCCUAUCUUCCCUAUAUUUUCUUUACCAACAACUCCCUUUUCACCCUUUUCACUCUUUGAACCAAGUCCAGAACCAUUUCUUUUGAUUUAUGCAAUUUUGUGAUGUACACAUAGCUGUGUGUGUAUUGUAUGUGUGUGUGCUGGAGGAGUUCAAUUGGUUGAAAGAUAAGUUUUUGUUUUAAUGGAAGGGGGGGAAAAUAAUCUUGGAGAAGAGCUAUGAGAUGUUAUUUGUGGUUUGCUUUUUCUAAUUGGAUUCAGACAGUCAGGCUUAAAUCUCGGAUCUUUGCAUGAAUCAGUUAGUAUGAAGGAAAACUGGCUGGAUUGGAGGAACGCUUGGUGGAUGCAAGAAAUAAAGGGGUUUUAGUUUUUAAUUUUUUUUUGUUUUGUUUUUGUGGGGGGUGUGAUUGUUGGGGGGGUUUGUUUUCUUGUGUUUGGUGCAGGGGAUUUGGUUUUCAGCAAUCUUUUUGUCCAUUUACGCAUCAAGAUUUCUUGCUUUCCGUGAUAAAAUUAAAUUUUUAUUCUCCUAGAAAGAAUCAUAGUUCAGAAACAUUCUCCCACUUUUUCUGCUCUUCAGCAGUAAAAUAGGUCAUCGUUGUCCAAAGAAAGAAAAAAACAAUGGGUGUAUGCUUGAGGCCCUAGUAAUUCUCUCUCCUGUCCGAAAAAUUGGUUCUUUCCAAUAGCCCUCAAGUUUAAACUAUUGUGUAGUAUUUCUUACAAAGUGUGUUCAAUUUGGGUGGUGGGUUUUUAAGUAUUAGUUGGUUUGUCGAAUUAAUUGAGAUUGUAAUUUGUUGGAAAUGGCUAUGUCUUGCAAAGACAGCAACAAGGCGGCAGCUGCCGCCGCCGCUGCUGCGGCUGCCAUGGACGGAAAAUAUGUGCGGUACACGCCGGAGCAGGUUGAAGCCCUUGAGAGGCUAUAUCACGACUGCCCUAAACCGAGCUCCAUGCGCCGGCAGCAGCUCAUUCGUGAGUGCCCGAUUUUAUCCAACAUUGAGCCUAAGCAGAUCAAAGUCUGGUUCCAAAACAGAAGGUGCAGAGAGAAGCAGAGGAAAGAGGCUUCGAGGCUUCAAGGUGUGAACAGGAAGCUGACUGCCAUGAAUAGGCUCUUGAUGGAGGAGAAUGACAGGUUGCAGAAACAGGUGUCGCAGCUGGUGUAUGAAAACGGUUACUUUCGGCAGAAUAAUCCUAGUAAUGCGCUGCCUACCAAAGACACGAGCUGUGAAUCAGUGGUGACAAGUGGUCAGAAACACCACUUGACACCUCAGCAUCCCCCGAGGGAUGCCAGUCCUGCAGGGCUUUUGUCCAUUGCAGAAGAAACUUUAGCAGAAUUUCUUUCGAAGGCAACUGGAACCGCUGUAGAGUGGGUCCAAAUGCCUGGAAUGAAGCCUGGUCCGGAUUCCAUUGGAAUCGUUGCUAUUUCUCACGGUUGCUCUGGCGUAGCAGCACGAGCUUGUGGCUUGGUUGGUCUCGAACCUUCCAGAGUUGCAGAAAUCCUGAAGGAUCGUCCUUCAUGGUUUCGCGAUUGUCGAGCUGUGGAUGUGCUCAAUGUGCUGCCUACUGCCAAUGGUGGAACCAUUGAACUUUUAUACAUGCAGUUAUAUGCGCCUACAACUUUGGCGCCAGGUCGUGACUUUUGGUUGUUACGUUAUACCUCUGUUAUGGACGAUGGCAGUAUGGUGGUUUGCGAAAGAUCACUUAGCAAUACUCAAAAUGGUCCGAGCAUGCCAGCUGUCCCCAACUUUGUGAGAGCAGAGAUGUUGCCUAGUGGCUACCUAAUCAGACCUUGUGAUGGAGGCGGCUCGAUUAUCCACAUCGUAGAUCACUUGAAUUUCGAGGCAUGGAGUGUUCCUGAGGUGUUGCGCCCACUCUACGAAUCUUCUACGAUGCUUGCUCAAAAAAUCACAAUGGCUGCUCUUCGCCAACUGAGGCAGAUAGCUCAGGACAAUUCACAGUCGAGUGUAACUAAUUGGGGAAGAAGACCUGCAGCUCUACGAGCACUUAGCCACCGGUUGAGCCGGGGAUUUAACGAGGCUCUUAAUGGCUUUAAUGACGAGGGGUGGUCGUUGUUAGGUAACGAUGGCAUGGAUGACAUCACUAUUCUUGUGAACUCCAAUCCCGACAAAUUGAUUACCUUAAAUACCCCUUUCACGAAUGGAUACAAUUCGAUUUCCAAUUCUGUCUUGUGUGCCAAAGCAUCCAUGCUUUUACAGAAUGUGCCUCCUGCAAUACUACUUAGGUUUUUACGCGAGCACCGAUCUGAAUGGGCUGACACGAGUAUUGAUGCCUACUCUGCUGCUGCUAUUAAAAUCGGUCCCCGUGUCGGUAAUUUUGGCGGUCAAGUUAUACUUCCAUUGGCUCAAACCUUUGAGCAUGAAGAGCUGCUGGAGGUAAUUAAGCUGGAAGGUGUUGUCCAAUCUCCUGAAGAUGCAAUGAUGCCUAGAGAUGUUCUUCUCUUGCAGCUGUGUAGUGGAAUGGAUGAGAAUACUGUCGGCACAUGUGCCGAACUAAUAUUCGCCCCAAUCGAUGCCUCUUUCACCGACGACGUUCCACUUUUGCCCUCCGGUUUUCGCAUUAUCCCUCUCGAUUCUUGCAAGGAAACUGGCAGUCCAAAUCGAACUCUAGACCUCGCCUCUGCUCUCGAAGCCGGGACAGCUGGCGCCAAAUCAUUGAACGGCGUUUCAAUGACAGGUGGCGCUACACGAUCCGUUAUGACAAUAGCGUUUCAGUUUGGAUUCGAAAGCCACAUGCAAGAAAAUGUUGCCUCAAUCGCCCGACAAUAUGUUCGGAGCAUUAUAUCAUCUGUUCAAAGGGUGGCGUUAGCUCUCUCACCGUCUCACGUGGGCCCACAUGGCUCUGGUCUUCGAUCUUCGCUCGGAAAUCCCGAAGCACACACUCUUGCCCGUUGGAUAUGCCAAAGCUAUAGGAAUUAUAUGGGGGUGGAGCUUCUCAAAUGUAGCGGUGGAGGGGGGCAUGAAUCUAUCCUUAAAGCUAUGUGGCAUCACUCGGAUGCUAUUUUGUGCUGCUCCGUAAAGGCAUUGCCCGUUUUCACGUUUGCGAACCAGGCUGGAGUGGACAUGCUCGAGACAACCCUAGUUGCACUACAAGACAUUCCUCUUGAGAAAAUUUUCGAUGAUAAUGGCCGGAAAAAUCUCUGCUCCGAGUUUCCACAGAUAAUGAAUCAGGGUUUUGCGUCUCUUCAAGGAGGGAUAUGUUUGUCGAGCAUGGGGAGGCCGAUUUCGUACGAGAGGGCUGUGGCUUGGAAAGUGCUGAAUGAAGAAGAUGAUGCUCACUGCAUCUGUUUUAUGUUUGUUAAUUGGUCCUUUGUUUAAUUAUUAUUUAUGGUUUUUAUUUAUUUUUAGAUAUUUAUUAUGGUUUUAGUUCUCUGCCCAAAACUAUGUACUUUGUUUGUUUGGUCACGUGGAUUGUGUUUCUAUUUCCAGGAUAAUUGUUCUUUGUUUGUGGGAUUGCUAAAUUGCUAAUGCAUCUUUGUUUAGUGUUUUA